UUUUUAUUAGAGCAAGGAAACAAGUUUAGCUCCAGUUGUAUUUCAGAUGCACUCCAUGUAAGCAAAUGGUUUCCUUAUACCCCUUUGGAGAAAAGUCACUGGGAUGAGGGCAAUGUUUUUGAAACUGGAUGGGGAAGGCCCCAUUCACAGAGAGCUCCAGGUUAUGUGUAUUUAUAUACAAAUAUGUUUACUGUGCUGUUAUGCAUAGAGGGCAUACGUUCAAUCAUAGUAUAAGAUGGGCAUUGUGACAUGUUGUACAAUAUUGGAUUUGAACUAGGAUGGAUUGGGUAUGACAUUCACAAAGGUAAUGUGGUUGGCAGAAGCUGGUCAGCCUCUACGCCAGGGGUUUUAAAAUCCAGUUAUUGCCAGAUAAAUUCAGCUUUUAAUUUCUUUUCCCCUUAAAGCUCAACGGAUAUUGAAUUCUUGAUUGUAUAUCUCUUGUCUUCUGCAUGCACAUGGAUAUCUUGUAGAAUUAAAAAGUAAUAAUGACAAUGAAAGAAAGGUGAGAUAAGUCAUUUUAAAACAAAUAGUUAAUAAAGAAGGAAUACUCCAUGGAAUCGGCUGCUCUGAAAAGAGGUGGACUCUCUUGUGUUAUAAGUCUUCAAGUGCAGACUGAAUAACCACGUAUCAGGGAUGCAAUGGACUUCCUGUAUAAGUAGAGGGUUUGGGGGGGGGGGGGUCAGUGAUUCCCAAACUUCUGUUCUACUGGUGUUUUGGAAUUUGGUUUCCAGAAGCUCUAGCCAGCUUGGACAACCAUCAGGAAUUCUGGAAGCUAAAGUCCAAAACAUCUGGAGGGCCAAAGUUUGGGAAUAACUGAAUGAGAUAUUGAGAAACCUUUGAUUUUUAUAUUAUUAUCAUUAAAAAUAGUUGUUAGCAUGUAUGUGUAUGUUAGGGCCAGUGUGUGCCACCUCAUGUUACUUGGAGGAAAAGCAGAAUAAAAAUGUACUGUAGCCCACUUUAAUCCUUGAAGCAUUCAAGCUUCACCCUUGAUUGAAUUUUGUCAUUUUUACUAAGAACAGUGAAAGUGUCUUCCACACCUGCUGAGAAACACAAUAAGCUGAUAUUGGAUUUGUUUCUUUUACUUCAAAUUAUAUAUAUGGGCUGAGAUAAUGCAGUGAAAUCAUAGGUGUGGAUAAAUAAUGUAUUCUCACUUGAAGUAUGCGUGCCAGUAAGUUACUUUUUGGAACUCUUUGAAAAAAAACAUCUGCCAUCGGUUUUAAGAAAAAGGGAGUGAUGGGGAUAUGUAUCUUAGCCAGGGGAUUAUUUUCCCUGACGGGCCAAUAAAAAAAAAUGUCAAAGGGACAUGUCAUGCCCUGCUGCACAGGUAAAGCUCGCAGUGGAAUCCAGAAGUUGAUGGAAAGGUGAUGUGGGUAAUCUGGGGUUGUGAAGAGUUCACUGUCAUUUUGUGGGUUUUUCAGCACUUUGGGGUGUGUUUCAGGGAAGGUCAUUUUCUGGCAUGGAGAAAGAGGGAGGAUGCCAAGCACACCUAAGCUUAGGAAUACAAUAGAAAAAAAGAGGAACCCUUGCUUUUCCACUCCCCUGUCACCUAGCCAACUUUCUAAACAAAUAAAAAGGUUGAUUCUCGCCAUGCUUUUAGAGGGGCUCAGUUUCAUUCCUUGCUUGGAACUCUUCCUCGGACACUCCGUUGCCAACCACUGCCACCAAGACAGAUCUCUCUGUAACAAAUAGUCAUCAUGUCUCGCCAGUCGUAUGGCUUAAGCAUCGGAGGAGGAAACAAGGGAUUCAGCUCCCAUUCUGUCUCUCUUGGUGGUGGAAACAGAGUCAGCUUCAGCACUGCUUCUGUGGCUCGUGGAUCUUCUCUCCGUGUUGGAAGUGGCGGUGGAGGUUUUGGCAGCAGAAGCCUCUAUAAUGUUGGGUGCAACAAGAGAAUCUCCAGUGGGGGCCGUGGUGGGGGUUUUGGUGGCUGGGGCCAAGGAGGUGGAGGAUUUGGAGUUGGUGCUUGCUAUGGUGGAGGGCUUGGUGGAGGAUAUGGCUUUGGUGGUGACUUUAGUGGGGCAGGAGGCCCAAACUUUCCAGUAUGCCCACCUGGAGGAAUCAAGGAAGUGACCAUUAACCAACACCUCCUGCAGCCCCUCCAUCUGCAAAUAGACCCAGAGAUCCAGAAAGUGAGGACAGAAGAGAAAGAGCAGAUGAAGACCCUCAACAACAAAUUUGCCUCCUUCAUCGACAAGGUCCGCUUCCUAGAACAGCAGAAUAAAGUCUUAGAGACCAAGUAUAAGCUCUUGCAAGAACAAGGCCCAGGAGCUAUUCAGAAGCAUCUUGAUCCGAUGUAUGAAGCUUACAUCAACAACCUGAGGAGACAGCUAGAGUGUCUUCAGAAUGAAAAGAGAGGCCUGGAUUCUGAGCUUAAGAACUUCCAAGACAUGGUUGAGGAUUAUAAAACAAAAUAUGAAGAAGAGAUUAAUAAGCGUACUCAAGCAGAGAAUGAUUUUGUCAUCUUGAAAAAGGAUGUGGAUGCGGCUUACAUGAACAAAGUUGAACUGCAGGCGAAAUGUGAUGCCUUGAUAGAUGAAAUCAACUUCAUGAAAUGUUUGUAUGAAGCUGAACUGAGCCAGAUGCAGCAGACUGUGUCUGACACCUCUGUCAUUCUUCAAAUGGACAACAACCGGUGCCUGGAUAUGGACAGCAUCAUUGCUGAAGUCAAGGCAAGGUAUGAAGAAAUUGCCCAGAUGGGCCGGAUAGACGCAGAGUCCUUUUACCAAUCUAAGUAUGAAGAGCUACAGGCAUCAGUUGGGAAACAUGGAGAUAAUCUACAAAAAACCAAAGCUGAGAUCUCUGAACAUAACCGGAUGAUUCAGAGGAUACGAGCCGAAAUUGAUAAUGUAAAGAAGCAGUGUGAAAAGCUGAAGUCUUCUAUCGCAGAAGCUGAGGAACGGGGUGAGCUGGCACUCAAGGAUGCAAGAAACAAGCUGACAGAACUGGAAGAGGCUCUGCAGAAGGCCAAGGAAGAAAUGACCCGUCUCCUGAAGGAGUAUCAGGAGCUGAUGAGUUGCAAGUUGGCCCUUGAUGUAGAAAUUGCCACCUACAAGAAAUUGCUGGAAGGAGAGGAAAGCAGGAUGUCUGGAGAGUGCCAAAGUACUGUGAACAUCUCUGUGAUCGGUGCUACCUCACACAUCUCUGGUGGUGGCUAUGGUGGUGGCUAUGGUGGUGGCUAUGGAGGAGGGAUGUCCUUUGGAAGUAGUUCUGGUGGCCAUGGUGGUUUCAGCAGCAUUGGUGGUGGUGGUGGAGGACACGCUUCUGGAAGCACCAUCGUGAAGAAAACUACUACGUCAUCCACCAUCAGGUCUACAUCUACAUCUAGGAAACAAUAAGCAACCGAGGCAAUGGUAACAUAACCCACAGUGAAACAUUCUUCUGAAGACCUCCAUCAAGCUGCAUCGAACUGAACCUCUUGGAGAAAUGAAUGGUGUCCAUUUUAUAACCACUAUUCCUCUUCUCCCUGAAUAUUUUUUGGUAUAGCAUUCUGUUUCUUUGACUAAUAGUGAACACAUUUCAUGCCCCCUUGUAUAAAUCAGGUACCAGUCAAAUAAACUGACACCACCCCUACUAUGGCUGUAUGUUCAUAACCAAAGGCAAUCAGCAUUUGAUAGAUCUACUUGUUCAGGAGAGUAUAUUGCUCUACUACUGUGCUUUUCAUACACUCUUUGUCUGAAGGAGUUCAAUUCCCAUAUUGCCCUAGGUGUACCUCAGAACUCAUUGGCUCUACUUUCACAUAAAGAAUGGAUAUGGCAGACUGAAAGAUAUGGAAUAGACUUUGCUCUGAUUAAGUAGGAUUCUUAAAAAGAAGCAAUUCCAGAAGUUAGGUUGGUUAAUUGUUAUAAUAUUGGAAACAUGGUUUGCAUUUUUGUUCUAUGCAGGUAAUCUCUCUGCAGGUCAAUACACACAAGACAUGGUUCACAGGGACAUGGUCCUAGUGUUUGCCUUUUCAUAAAAUAGAAAUCAUAUAUGUUAUUAUUUUGUGAUUGCCUGUCUGAGAUUUUGCUGAUUGAUCAUUGUCUUCAAUGGAAUAUGGAGUCUAUCAGCAGCUUGGGGUACACCAUCUGGUCAAAAUUAACAUCUUGUAAUUUCCACUGAUUUCAACAAAGAGGUUUAAAAACUUGUUUCAGCUAUUUUUGUUAAAAAAAAUGCAAAUUAGUUAACAUUGACUGAAUUGUACCUCAUGUAGUCCCUCUCUUUCGCAUGCUUUCUGUUUUUGUAAUAGCUUGCAAAUCUUUGCAUCUCAUUAAAGUUUAAAAUGCAGAGACAA